UGUUCACAUGGCAUGUCUCUGUUGCUGGUGCAGUUGACAAAGUGCCACGCGGUGUAGGGCGAGCGCAGAUCAGAAAAGACAGAGAGAACAAGAAACAAAUCUAAAUAUCAAUCAAUAUAUCCACUUAGACCGUGAUGGCAUGAUGAAGCAGCAACAGGGCGGUUUGGCGCACAGAGCUCUGUGCAGCAUUUCUUGGUGUUUGCUUGUUUUUGUCUCGCUGACGUGAACGUCAACAUGCCUCACGCUCGAAAUAGGAACCCUAGCCCCAUUCCGGAGGUAACAUGGGACACGGGCUUGAAGGAGAUGAACGAGACGUGGAAAGGAGCGAUCGCGUGUCUCGGGGUGGCCGUCUUCUUUGUCAUGACCAUCGGGAUCAUAUACUGGCAAGUGGUGGACCAGCCCAACAAGAACUGGAUCCUGAAGGGGACCUUGAGCGGACUGAUCUGGGAAAGAAGAACCCACUCGCUGGUCAUCCAGACCCUGACGGAGGACAAGACCUACGUGGAGAUCGACGUCGGCGACGUGGGGAGCCCUGACCUGGAGGUUCCCUUGGUCAGGAACCUGUGCUCGCUCAACAAGACCGAGUUCUGCUACACGUGGGACGCGGUGGCCGAGAUCAAAAUCUCCCUGGAUGUGAACGAGGAGGACACGCAGACCGAGUGCUACAGCGUGACCUGGACGCCGGUGCGGUGUCACGUGCGGCUCAAGGACUGCUUCUCCAUGACAAACGUAUCGUGGUAUGGCGGCGCCAGUGUCACCGGUCAGACAUGGCCUAUAAAUGAUCAAAACGCCACCAUGCAGCCUUUCGUCGUCAGCGAUCUCGAGGAGAAUCCCUCAGGUUUCGGCUCAGCUCUGGAGCGCUACUUUCUCGGCUCGUCAGGCGUCGCUGUGCUGGCGUCUCCUGAUGUCCCUCUGCAGCUGGGGCUGGACAGCAGACAACAGUUCUGCUUGCAGUCACUGCCCAGUAUGGAUCUUCUCCCGCUGCAAUACACCGUUUGUGUGGCCAACAAUGUGAAGGCUGUACACCAAGAAGCAAUACGACAGCUCUCCCAGCUCACGAGGGAGAUACCCGACAUGAAGGCUCUGCGGCUACCGUCCUGGAAGCUACUUAGCAAUGUGGAUUCAGGCCUGAAAGUGGAGAGGGAGUUAAGGACCUUCUCUAAUCGUCUUCGAAGACACCAGCUGGGGGAUGGAAUCAUCAGCCUUAACGAACAUUCCACCAAUCUCCUCUCUGAAAUGGACCACGACUACUUCAACAGCAGGAAGAGGGAGGCGUCGAAGAGACUCAGCAGGGACCUCCCGCUCGUGAAGCUUCUUAACAUUUCCGUCACUCUGUCCCCUUUCCUGAGCGUGGACACCACGCAGUUCCAAACUUCUCUCACGGAGGGCGCCGAGGCCUUCUGGCUUAGUCUCCCCUCGGCGCCUCGUGGACGGCCGGUCCCGUUGAUGACUCAGUGGCGAGGGAAAUUCUGUGUAAAGCUGAAUGUCACAAACCCAGCAGCGGUGAGCUGGUUCCUGGACAGAGUGGGAUCCCUACAAGCCCAUUUGGGAAUGGAGUACAUUCUGCUGGAGGGGGGUGAGAGGAAUCUGUUUGAGGAGCAGGCCCUGCGGCCACCGGAGGCUCUGGGUGGGGACGCAUACAUCGGCCUGCUGGCUGACGUGGCUGCCAGAAUUGGAGACUCCACGAUCAUGUCGGCCGGGACAAGGUCGAGCCACAAGCCAGUAUUUCUGAGGAUGAGCCCUCUGCAAUCUGACUGGAGCCCAAUGGGCCUGAAAGGCAUCAUUCCCUCUCUGCUACAUCACACUGUGCUGGGAUACAACUUCCUCAUUCCCGACGCAGUAGGUGGCUCUCUAUCUGGAGACGUGGUCGCAGAUGAGGAGUUGUACAUCCGGUGGCUGGAGAUCGUGUCCUUCUUCCCUGUGAUCAGCUUCCACACGCCCCCGUGGGUCUGCGGAGAGGACCGGGUGUUAAACCUAACUCGGAUAUACAUAACAAAGCACCGGAGGGACGUGGCACCACUCAUCGAGAAGUAUGCCGAGGAGUGGCAGGAGACGGGAAGCCCCAUCUAUCGACCCUUGUGGUGGCUCAGUCCAGAGGAUCCCGCGACCUUCACCGUUGACGACCAGUUCCUCAUCGGAGACGAGGUAACCUUCCGUCGCACUCUUUUGCUGUGCAUUCAAGCAGACACGGGAGCUUUUUUUGUGCAUGUUGCAGGUUCUGGUGGCACCGGUGGUGGAGAAGGGGGCAGUGAGGAGGGAUAUUUACUUACCCGACGGGGGCUUCCAGUGGCAGGACAGCCAAAACGCCGAUGUGUUCGACGGAGGGACGUUCCUACAGGACUACCCUGUGCCCUUGGAGGCGGUGGGUGUUUUCUUACGGCGAAGAUGAGUGACAUGUGACUUAUCCUAUUGCUGUCUCAUUUUUCACACGUGCUGUUUUAAACUUGCACUUUUUUCCACAAGAGACCAUUGACCCUGCCUCAUUGCCUUGUUUUGAGACAACUUGUAAAAAUCUAUUCUUAUACUUGCACUUUACUGUUCUACAUGAGUUCUAAUUUAGUUUU